CUGAAAUUUCUAAUUUUUAUUUUAAAUAUCAACCCAAAUCUAAUUUCAUCUUUAUUAGUGUAGUAAUUUCUAUAUUUAUGAUUCAACACGUAAAAUAAAUACACUUCAAAUCCACUAAAAACCCCACAAACCUGUAAAGUUCCCGUUUUUUUUUUUUUUUUUCAACUUUCUCUCUUCUCUUCAGAGCUGGAAAUUUGUCACCUCACUUAAAAUCCGACAAAAUCUGCUAUUACCCACUUCAAUUUACUCCCAAAAUCUCCACCGCCGGCUUUAGAAUAUCUCGCCGGAAAAUAUUUUCCGGCAAUGGGUGGUUUCAAUCUUAGUACUGUUGUUAUUGCAGUAGCUUUUCUACUUCUUCAGCUUACUGUGUUUUCUUCUGCCCAGAAAUCUCAAAGCAAUUGGCUUACUCUUGAUGGGUCACCACCGCUGGUCAUAGCACGUAAUGGAUUCUCAGGGUUGUUCCCUCCAGCUAGUGCUUAUGCCUACAAUUUGGCAAUGAUGACUAGUGUGCCCGAUUUGGUCUUAUGGUGUGAUGUCCAGUUAACAAAGGAUGGUGCUGGGAUAUGCUUCCGAGAUAUCAUGCUGGAUAAUUCCUCUUCUGUUAAUUUCGUGUAUCCAAAGAGAGAGAGUACAUAUAAUCUUAAUGGUGAUCGUAAAAAAGGGUAUUUCCCCGUUGAUUUUACUCUCAAGGAACUAUCACAAGUCACUUUGACUCAAGGAAUUUAUAGCCGAAGCCCUGAUUUUGAUGGGAGUUUGUUCCGAAUUCAGACUGUAGAGGAUGUGUUUAUGCAAAACAAACCUGCAGGUUUCUGGUUAAAUAUUCAGAAUGAUGCUUUCUAUAGCCAGCACAAACUGAGCAUGAGGAGCUUUGUCAUUAGCGCUUCCAAGAGAGUGAUAAUGAGUCAUAUCUCAUCUUCCGAGGUUAAAUUUUUGCAAGGACUUGCAAGGCCUUUUGCAGCAACCAAAACAAAAUUGAUUUUUCAAUUUCUUGACAAGGGUGCAACAGAACCUUCAACCAAUCAGACUUAUGGUUCCCUUUUGAAAAAUCUCUCCGUGAUUAAGAAAUUUGCUGCCGGAAUCCUUGUCCCAAAGUCUUACAUAUGGCCUGUUGACCCAACUUCAUAUUUACAACCUCAUACUUCUCUGGUGGCAGAUGCUCAUAAAAACGGGCUUGAAGUUUUUGCAUCAGAUUUUGCUAAUGAUGCCACUUUUGCCUACAACUACAGUUACAACCCAGUUAAUGAGUAUCUCUCUUACAUUGAUAAUGGGGACUUCUCUGUGGAUGGUCUGCUGUCCGAUUUUCCAAUAACGCCAUCAGAAGCUAGAGAGUGUUUUGCUCAUCUAGGCAAAAAUGCACCAGCUCAAGCCAAGCCCUUGGUUAUAUCACACCAUGGGGCAAGUGGAGACUUCCCUGAUUGUACUGAUGUAGCAUAUGAACAAGCUAUUAAAGAUGGCGCAGAUGUGAUUGAUUGCAAUGUACAAAUGUCAAAAGACGGGAUACCGUUUUGUUCGAGCACUAUCAAUCUUAUGAAUAGCACAUUGGUCGGUCAAACACAAUUCAGGAGUGAAAUAGCUACAAUUAAAGAUAUUGGGUCAGCUCCUGGAAUAUAUUCAUUCAGUCUAAAGUGGGCUGAUAUUCAAGGCUUGACUCCUGUGAUAUCGAACCCGUACACCGAAUAUUUCCUGUACAGAAAUCCUAAAAGCAAAAGUGUUGGGAAAAUUAUAUCCUUGGCUGACUUCUUGAAUAUUGCCAAAAACGCAACAUCACUUCAUGGUGUGUUGAUCAGAAUAGAGAAUGCAAAUUACCUUGCACUGAAUGAGGGCUACAGUAUAACUGAUGCAGUAUCAAAUGCCUUGGAGAAAGGUGGGUACAAUGGCCCAACUGCCAAAAAAGUUAUGAUUCAAUCCACCAACAGCUCUGUCCUCAAGGCAAUGAAGGGGAAGAAAUAUGAACUUGUCUACGAAGUCGAUGAGUCUAUUAGUGGAGCUCCGAAGGAUACCAUAGCCUCUAUCAAGACAUUCGCUGAUUCUGUAGUUGUCAAUAAGCAGUCCAUCUUUCCAACAAAUGGGGGAUUUCUCACAGCUGGGACCAAUGUUGUGCAACAGUUGCAGUCAGUUAAGCUUCCCGUGUAUGUUCAUACUUUCAGAAAUGAAUUUGUCAGCCAAGCAUACGAUUUCUUCUCUGACCCAAUUGUCGAGAUCAAUUCUUAUGUCAUGGAAGGUAGAGUUGACGGCGUCAUUACAGACUUUCCAAAAACUGUGGCUGAUUAUAAGAAAAAUCUGUGUCUGAAGGAGAAAAACACACCAGCAUACAUGAGCCCCGUUCAGCCUGGUCAACUCAUGCAGCUCAUUGUCCCAUCUUUCAUGCCCCCAGCUGAGGCUCCUUAUCCUUUCCUCAGUGUUGCUGAUGUAUCAGAGUCGCCUCUCCCUGAUCCUGUGGAGAAAAAUGCCUCUGCCCCAACAACAGCAGAAACCCCCAAAACAUCGCGAAACAGCCAGAAUCAAAUUUCAGCUUCAGCAUUGUUAUCUUUCUUGUCUAUGAUUGUAGCUGCUGCUCUGCUGUUUUGAUAGGAUUACGUAAAGGCAAUUCUUCAUCUUCCUACUGACUUGAUUGAAUAUGGAGUUUGGUGCUGCAGAUACUCUCUUCUGUUCAUCAUCAUAAUCCAAGUUUUUCCUCUAGCUAAAUUAUGUGAUUUUGCUUGUAUUUUUUCUAUCCCUUUUCUCCCCUUCCCCCAAAUCCGGAAGUGUUUAGGUUAUGUCAUAGGUUUAUGUCCAUUCUUAAUCAUUUCUAUCCUGAUCGCGGAGUUGCAAAAUGAAGUACAUAUCGUCUCAGAUACUCAGAUUGUUCACUCCCUGUAUCUUCCUACUUGUAUUGUUGUAAGAUAAUUAAAGUCAUAGUUAUUCUUUGAGUAUGAUUCUCUUUAUUAAUAAACAUCAUAGCUCUUUGGUUUUUA